AUAUGGUUGUUGAUGAGGCUAAUGUUCAUGUAUUUGCAUCGAGGCUCGACGAGUCGCUUCGAUUUGCGUUUUGAGUGAAAUUAUCGGAUAAAAAAGACCGAUCAAGUUAUCGAGGAUUUUAAUUUAGAAAAUUAAAGCAGGAGCUAAACAUGCCACUGGGGCCCACGCUGGAUGCCAUGCUGAGCGGGGGGCGAUCGACGUCCAGCCUCGACGGGGCGACGGGACCCUCUUCGUUGCUAUCUGACGAGUCCGAGAUGAGUGAGGAGGACGUGGUGUUUGUGCACAAGCCGGCUACUGGGCCCCGGUGCGGGGAGGAGAAGGGGGGACCAGCUACAGGCCCAGCGGGAGCUAAACAUGUCACUGGGGCCCACACUGGAUGCCGUGCUGAGCGGGGGGCGAUCGGCGUCCAGCCUCGACGGGGCGACGGGACCCUCCUCGUCGCUAUCUGACGAGUCCGAGAUGAGUGAGGAGGACGUGGUGUUUGUGCACAAGCCGGCCACUUGGCCCCGGUGCGGGGAGGAGAGGGGGGACCAGCCACAGUCCCAGCAGGAGCUAAACAUGUCACUGGGGCCCACGCUGGAUGCCAUGCUGAGCGGGGGGCGAUCGGCGCCCAGCCUCGACGGGGCGACGGGACCCUCCUCGUCGCUACCUGGCGGGUUCGAGAUGAGUGAGGAGGACGUGGUUUUGGUGCACAAGCCGGCCACUGGGCCCCCGUGCGAGGUGGAGAGGGGGGACCAGCCGCAGGCCCAGGUGGUGCUGAGCAUAAUGUGGAGCGGAAGGAUCCUGGGCAUGGCCUUCUACGACUCCGAGGACGGCAACGUCUACUACAUCAACGACACGCCCGACACGGAUAACAACUCGCUUCUCAAACGCGUGAUUUCCCAGCUGAACCCGACGUGCAUCAUCACCAGUGCCAAGCAGAAAGACAGCUUCUUCAAGAUGCUCGCCAACCCAGACGGUGAGGUCGGUGAGAAGAACGCCCCCGAGGGGGAUGGCGGUGAGCAAGUGGAUGGUCGUGAGCAGGGAAGUUACAACGUGGAGGUGCUGCCCAGCUUGAACUUCUUGGUGGAAGCCGGCAAGCAGCGUAUCCUCAACACCAACCUGCCGGGCAUGUUGCCGGACCUCACGGAACAAGAGCGCAUCUACCACUUCGUGAAGAUGGUGCCGUUCGACAAUUCUUAUAUGUUGUGUGCGAUGGGCGCACUGCUCAAGUACGUGGAGCAGAAAAGGGUGGGCGUGGAGCUGGAGAACAAGGAUGUGCGCGUCCCCAUCAUGGCCUUCCGCAUCUUCAUGCCGGAGGACAUCGUGCACGUUGACAAGAACACCUUCCGCGCCUUGCAGAUAUUUAAAUCUAGGACUCACCCGUCAGCGUUUAAAAGUGUCUUUGGCGGCAAGGAAGGACUCAGCCUCUUUGGCAUCAUGAACCGCUGUCACUCCCCUCCUGGCGUUCGCCUCCUCGAGAUGUGGUUCCGCCGCCCGACGCGCAACCUGCAAGAGCUGUCGGACCGCCAGGACGUCGUCGAGUUCACCACCUCCCCGUGCAACUGUGAAGUCGUCAAGAGGCUGCAAAACUACCUCAAGCAGAUCCGGAGCCUAUCCAGAAUCCUCAUCCGAAUGAAGAUUUCCCACGCCACUGUGCAAGACUGGAAGACACUCUACCAGACGGUCUUCCACCUGGUGUACAUAUGGGAAACGUGCCGCAAUCUGCCUCAGAAUGUGAAGCUCUUCGCCAGAAUCAAUCACACCUCCAGGAACCUCACCUACAUCAGCUCGCUGCUCGCCAACGUGAUGGACUUUGAGUCGAGCAAGAUGGAGAGCAGAUGCGUGGUGAAGCCCAAUGUGGACACCUCGCUUGAUGAAAAGAAGCGCACGUUCUACGGGCUGCCGGACUUCAUGACGCGCGUGGCGCGCGACGAGCUGGAGGAGCUGGAUGUUCGCAUCACCUCGUGCCGCAUCAUCUACCUACCGCAGCUCGGGUACCUGCUCUCCGUGCCACAGCUGCCGGAGAUGGACAAGGAGGCGGAGGAGGGAAACUUUGAAAUUGAGGGCCUUGAAUUCAUGUUUGUGUCGAACAACAGGGUCCACUACCGGAGUUCCCGCACGCAGGAGCUGGACCAACUGCUGGGCGACGCUCGGUGUGAGAUCAGAGACCAGGAGCUGGCCAUCGUGCAACAGCUGCAGGGGAAGGUGAUGGAGCAGGCGGCCGUGCUGACGAAAGCGAUGGAACUUGCCGCUCGCCUUGACUGCCUGCUGGCGCUGGGCACGGUGGCGCGCGAUUACGGCUACCGGCGCCCCCGCCUCACCACCAGCAACAUCAUCAACAUCAAGGGCGGCCGGCACCCGCUACUGGAGCUGUGCACCGGCAUGUUCGUGCCAAACCCUAUGAUCAGUGACAUGCACCACGGCAAGAUGAAGGUGAUCACGGGGCCCAACGCAUGCGGCAAGAGUAUCUACCUGAAGCAGGUGGGGCUGAUGGUGUUCAUGGCGCUCAUAGGCAGCUUCGUGCCGGCCGAAGAGGCGGAGAUUGGGCUCCUGGAUGGACUGUACUCGCGGGUCCAGACCAGCGAGAGCAUCUCCACUGGCGCCUCCACCUUCAUCAUCGACCUCAACCAGAUGGGGUCCAGUAUCGCCGGCGCUACCGAGCACUCCCUGGUGCUGGUGGACGAGUUUGGCAAAGGCACCAAUGCGGCGGACGGGCUGGUGCUGCUGGCGGCCGUGCUGCGCCAUUGGCUGUCGCGGGGCGAGCGCUGCCCCCACGUCAUGGUCUCCACGCACUUCCACAAGCUCCUGCAGGAUAAGCUGCUGCCAGAGAGCCCACUCAUUUCCUUGCAGACGUUCGAGACAGUGCAGGAGGGCGAGGAGCUUGUGUUCCUCUACCAGCUGCGGGACGGUGCUGCCAACUCCAGCCUCGCGGUCAACGUGGCCCAGAACACCGGCCUGCCCGCCAAACUCUUGCAGCGCGCCACCGAGGUGUCGGAGUGCUACCAGACCCACAAGCCCAUCCCUUGCAUCGACCAGGCGGCCGCCGACAAGCAGUACCAGAGAUGGCAAUUGCUCGUGGAUAAGUUCCUGGAGAUGGAUAUAGAUGCAGAGGGCGCGGACGUGCACGCAAUGCUGAAGGAGCUCAUCAGCAAGUACAAGCUGUGACGGAGACAACAAACGCACCGCUCACUCACAACACUCGCACUCUACACAUCACUCACUGUACCUUACUACUCAACACUCACCACUCUCGUUUUCCAACACACACGAUGCACACCACUCACGCUACACUUUGUCUUUAAAAUACAAGGGGAAAAGUGUCGCUUGGAAUCCAAAUAUGAUGCCAGUAUCAUGUUAUAAUUUAAGCAUGAGUUGUUAUGCAAGAGUACCAGUGCAAGACCUAAUACAGUUGUAUAUUACAACUAUAUUACGUUAACAGCUCGAUGGCGAGAUGUGGCUAAAUGUUAACUACCUCGCCUGGUAUAUAGGGUCGUGGGUUCGAUCCAGACCCUGACUCCUGUAUAUUUGGAGUUUGCGUGUUUUCUCCGGGUACUCCACGUUUCCCUCCACAUUUAGAAACUUGCGUUUCGAACAUUUGGCUGCUAUAAAUUUCCCGUAAUUAGCCACUUCGUUGCGCUAUGAUUUGUGGUCAGGUCGCUUCUGAAAACGAGCUGUAUAGCUCAGUGGGCCUUGCCUGGUAAAAAAUAGUAAAAAAAAUAGUAUAUAUUUCAGGUUCAUUGGAUUACUUUGUAUCGAUUCACACUUGUAUAGCGAGUUCGACCCGAGUCGCAGACGUUGACUUGGAGGCAACACAUUUAUUUAACUCCAACACACGGGGUAACUACUCCUAAACAGAAUGUGACCACCAGGCUAACUACACUAAUUACAACGUAACUGCUACUACGGAUCGGACCACAGCUCGGGUCCAGGUCCACGUGUGGGAGACUCGGAGAACGUAGACAAAGGUUUCUUCAGGAUGAACAACGCCGGUCCCUCUGGGGACCCGGCUUAUAUUCUCUGCGGCGUGGCUGGCCUCACCCAUGGCCACGACCACCUUCCAGAAACCUUGGGCAGGAUCUGGAUGCUAACCACGUGACCACUCCUAGCCUCCACUUGGGCCCCUUUGUUGACUUAACUGGUCACGUGUCAACCAAAGUGCCAUGGCCUUUAGUAAUCUCAUUCCUACGGCCGGCACUCCUACACCCUGUCCUGUAGGGCUGGCACUGCACGCCAAGCGUGAUGCCAUCCAGCGCUAUCAAUCAGCGCUCACCGGGCCCCUUUAGGGCCGGCACU